AUGUCAACAUGGCAGAUAUUCUCCGAUGCUGAAAACAAUUACCACUGGAAAAUUAGUAAAGAUGCUUCAAAUGUUAAACCCUUGCCCACUCCCAUUGCCACCCCUCUCCUCCCUUCCAUGGCUGAUAUUCUUCUUCAAGGCUGUUCGAAUAUCAAUGAAGGCACUCCAGCUGUUCUUGGCGAUGAUGCUAUUUCUGAAGGUGAAGAGCAUGCAAUACAUAAUAUUUGCAGCUUCUCAAAUUCUCUCUUUAAGACAGUAUCUGGCAAAAGAAUUACUAUAUCUUCUAAUGGUCUUGCUCGAGCAAAGACAUUAUUGGGGUUGAAAGAAGACACUGUUGGUAGUAAUAUCCCAAGCCCUCAGCAUACAAAAAAAAGCCCUCAGCAUACAAAAAAAUUACAUGCUAUGGUCGAAACAUAUGAAAGGCAACAACUGUCACCUCAUGUACAGCAACAUAAAGUUAUCAACAGUUAUAAGAUGAUGAAUGUUGUAUCAUGUCAAAGUCCUUCAGUUGGUAGUAGUCACACAUUAAAGAAUGAGUUUGACCAAAAAGUUGUUCAACCAGAUAAACAAGCUCCAAUUAAAUUCCAAACUGCAGGUGGAAGGUCUAUAUCCAUUUCUAAUGAUGCACUCCAACGUGCUAGGAGCCUUCUUGGUGACCCAGACCUGGGAGAUUUCCUUGAUGGAGGGGAUGUUGGUGAUUCAAUUUUCUCAUUUCAAAAUAAGAGACAAAACAACACUACUUUAGCUUGUGAUAGGAGCGAUACUAAUACUCCUUUGCGCCAUCAAAUAACAUCAGAGAGCAAUCAUAUGACUAAAAGUUGCACAUACCCCAUGCGGUCUUCUAGACAAAAAGACUUUUCAACUUCUGAAGGUACUGGGAAUAACUUAAUCAUGAGAUUUGAUGCUGUUGGGGAUGAAAAUGAUUAUAGCCGUAAGAGUUGUAACACUUGGGGACAGAAACCCUUAUAUGACAGGAACCAAGCGCCGGACUCAACUGUGUAUCAUUCUUCUCUGAAUGGUUUUUCUUCAAAAGCAGAUCCACGUGAAAUGUCAUCAGGCAGAUCAUUUGCUGAUAUUUCCAAUACCAUUAACACAGUUCAUACAAAAAAUAGACAAGCUGCUAGUGGAAAAAGGAGACUAGGUUUAGGUUUAACUGUUUCUUCCUUCAAAAGGCCUCGUUGUUCCAAAACUUCUGUCCCUUUUGACCAGGACGUUGCAGUUUUUCCUAAUGAUUUGUCUCAAUUAUCCUCUGGUGCUUCUGGAUGCAAAAUAAAGGUUUCUACCCGAUAUCCAUUUCGGUAUCCAAGGAUGCACAUCAAGGAAUUUUUUGCAGCACCUCCAUUAGAGCGGGGGAACGUUUGUUUUCCAAACCAGGGCAGACAGAUGACAUCAUUGAAUGCAGAAAAACACUUUUUCCAUGAUGGGUCUGGUGAUAAUGUUAUGGGAGCAGAAGCUUUUGUCCAUCUAUUGGCUCGACAUGGAGCUUCCAUGCAAUUUGCUUCUAAAGAGUGGGUCAUGAAUCAUUACAAGUGGAUUGUCUGGAAACUAGCAUGCUACGACAGAUGCAAUCCAGCUAGGUCUGCAGUAAAAUUUUUGACCGUAUCAAAUGUGCUUGAGGAACUGAAGUACAGAUAUGAAAGAGAAGUGAAUCAUGGCCAUCGGUCUACAAUCAAGAAAAUUCUUGAAGGAGAUGCAUUGCCUUCUUCAACGAUGACUCUCUGCAUUUGUAGUUUUCACUCCGAUCAUGGACUGGAAAGUGGGACUUUUUCUGAGACAGGAACUGGGGCUCAGAGCAGGGAGGAAGUGAAAGUUGAACUAACUGAUGGAUGGUAUUCUAUGAAUGCCAUUUUAGAUGUUCCAUUGUCAAAGCAAUGGGCUGCUGGAAGAUUGUUUAUUGGACAGAAGCUUCGGAUCUGUGGAGCAGAAUUAUGUGGCUGGAAUGGGCCAGUUUCACCCCUUGAGGUGUCAUCAACAGUUUGUUUAUUGCUGAAGAUAAAUGGAACAUAUAGAGCUCAUUGGGCUGAACGGUUAGGAUUUUGUAAGGCUGCUGGUCCACCUUUAGCUUUCAGAUGUAUAAAAAGUAAUGGGGGUCCAAUCCCUCAAACUUUGGCUGGAAUUACCCGCAUAUAUCCUAUUCUUUACAAGGAAAGGUUAAGCAGUGGACGGUCUGUGGUCAUAUCAGAGAGGAUGGAGAAUAAAAUGAUGGAGCUGUACAAUCACAGACGCUCUGCUAUUGUGGAUUGGAUCAUUUCGGAGUAUCAGAAUGACCAUACAGGUUCACAUAUUUAUGAUGACAGUGAUAGUGAAGGGGCUAAGAUUUAUAAAAUGCUGGAGACAGCUGAAGAACCCGAAUUCCUAAUGGCAGAUAUGAGCCCAGAGCAGCUAAAAUCUUUUGCUGCUUAUAAGGCCAAAUUAAAUGCAAGCAGACAGUCAGAAAUGGAAAAAUCAAUUGAGAAAGCUUUGACAGAUGCUGGCUUGAGACAUAGAGAAAUCACACCAUUUAUGAGGUUAAGGGUAGUUGGAUUAACUUGCAAAACUCGACAAGACAAACCUAAAGAAGGCAUAGUAACAAUCUGGAACCCCACAGAGAAGCAGCGUCAGGAGCUGGUAGAGGGAGAAGCAUAUGCAAUUGCAGGGCUCAUACCGUCAGGUUCUGAUCUGGAUAUCAUUUGCUUGCAGACUAGAGGAUCUUCUACCAAGUGGUUGCCUUUAUCUAUAAAUGCAAAGGAACAAUUUAAGCCAUUUUUCAUUGGUAGAAAAUCGAUUUCAUUGUCAAGUUUAAGUGGCAUCUCUCUUUCCAAUGAGUUCGAUAUUGCUGCAUAUGUUGUGUAUGUGGGAGAGGUUUAUACAUCAGCCCAGCAAAGGAAGCAAUGGGUUUUUGUGACUGAUGGAUCCAUCAUGGGUGGUUUAAUCAACUCUUUGCUUGGCAUCUGCUUUUGCUCCCCAUCGAUUGAUUAUGAUUCAUCUCCACCAAUCAACUAUAACCUUGCUGGAUCUACGGUUGGUUUCUGUAAUCUUAUAAAAAAGGAAAAGGACUAUGCAAACCAUAUAUGGGUUGCUGAUGCCACUGAAACCUCGACCUAUUAUUUGGAUUUCGAUUCCCCGCACUGUUCUCACCUCAGAAACGCUGCCAGCUCCAUCAGAAGAUGGGCAAAUAAUUCUUGCUCGACAAUAGAGAAACUCAAGGAAAAGGUAUUGUAUGUGGUUGGCAAUUGUAAAGCCUAGAAGGAGAAAAACUCAACUAAAGAUGUGGCUAUAUAUAUGUCGCUCUAUUGUCUAUGUAAUAUUACCGAGUAUCGGAAAUCUA